AUGGGCAAGGACCUCUGUGAGGCCGAUGCCGAAGUGUGGGCCCUGUACGAGGAGGCCAACGAGGUUUUGGGCUACGAUCUGCAACGCCUGUGCUUUGAGGGGCCGGAAGACGAGUUGCGGCUGACGCAGAACACCCAGCCCGCCAUUCUGGUGCACAGCGUGGCGACAUGGGCCCAAGUGGUAAAGGGGGGGCUGAAACCCGCGUUGCUGGCCGGGCACAGCCUGGGCGAAUACUCGGCGCUGGUGGCGGCCGGUGUGCUGACGUUUGCCGAUGCGGUGCGCACGGUGCACAAGCGGGGUUUGUUCAUGCAGCAAGCGGUGCCGCCGGGCGCCGGGAGCAUGGCGGCCCUCCUCGGCGUGGCACGGCAGGACGUGGACGCGCUGUGUGCCGAGUUCGGUAGUGGCGGUGUUCUGCAGGCGGCGAACUACAACGAUCCGGGUCAGACCGUCAUUGCCGGCGAGACGAACUGCGUCAAGGCGGCCACGGUUGCCGUCAAGUCGCGGCGCUUGGGCCGCGCGAUUCCCUUGAAGGUGAGUGCGCCGUUUCACUGCCGAAUGCUGGCGCCGGCAGCCGGGUGCUUGGCUGAUGUUCUGGCGCCUGUGGCCUGCGGGGCGUUUGAGUAUCCCGUCAUAUCCAACGUCACGGCGGCCCCGCAUCCGUCUCCCGACGCCGUGAAGGGGCUUCUGGUCGAGCAGGUCUGCGCGCCGGUACGUUGGGAAGAAUCAAUGCGUUAUGCGGUCUCGCAAGGCUGCGAUGCGCUGCUCGAAGUGGGUCCGGGCAAAGUGCUCGGCGGCAUGAUGGGGCGCAUCGCGCCGCAAGUCGAAGUGAUGGCCGUGUCGGAAGCGGCGGUUGGCUGA